CGUCGCUGACACAGUCAACAGAACCGACUCUGACUCCUAAUGAUAGAUGUUCCACAAUCCCUAUACCCCGGCCGAGGGUAUCCUGAAAUAGUCUUUCGGCCAAAGGCAAGCACGGGAUACGCCUUCAUCCACUGGUUGAACAAGGAGCCCUCGAUAUUAUCGGGAGCCGGAAACUUAAAACGUAUACGUGUGAUUCUUAUUUUCGCCCGAUUUACAAGCAUCAACAACACAGGUUAUCUUGUUUUCCUACGGACUUGUCCGUUCUCCCAUAUAUUUUACCUUUCUCUACUGGAGGGUCAUGAUCAUGUUCAAUACAUCAAAAGUAAAGUGCAAUCAUGUUUGUCCUUUAUGCUUAGCUCUAAGCGUAAUGGCACAAUCGCUUGUACGGCGCGAGACUUUUAGUCACUUCACACAUCAAAGUAUCGUGCGCUGAAGAGUGCUCCAGACGAAACAUAUUUACGACUUUAUGUAAAUAAAUAGUCAUUUUAAAAUUCGAUCGAAAGUUAAAAAAACCAUAAUACUAUAAUAUCGAAAGAUUAAAAACAAACAAAC